AUGCUGGGGCGAGGCCCCCCCGGCGGCGGCUGCUGCAGCCCCCCAGCCCUGCCUUCCUCCGGGCUCCCCCCGCCGCCCUUCCCGCGCCGCUCACCAUUCAGGACGCUCUGGAGCAAGACGGCGGCCAGCAUCCACAUGCCCCUGCUCCUCGCCAGCCUGGCCGCGACGGGCUCGCUCGCCUCUCUCUCGGCCGCCUCUCCCGCGGCCAGCGGGCCAAGCAGCAGCUCCGUCCAGCUCCGGGGGCCGCUCCCACCAGGAAGGAGGGCGAGGGCGGCCAAGAGGCGCCGCCGCUGCCCGCUGCUCUCCUUCAGCGCCUCGCCCCGCUGCUCCCACCGGCGGCCAGCUCAGGUGCGCCCGGCGCAGCCCCGCCACGCGCCCGCCGCCACCGCCGCAGCUUCGCCCCAGCAGGUCCACAGGUGGAAGAAGGAGCACGACGCAGCCCGGCAGCAGCAGCAGCAGCAACAGCAGCAGCAGCGCAAGGACAGCAGCAGCCCACCCUGCCCGGUCAUAUCCGGCCCGGGCUCCGCAGGACGAAGGCAGGCAGGCUCCCGACGCGCGCCCCGCUUCAGCCACCGCUGCCACAGCCCGGCAGCGAGCAGGCAGGCAGGCGCAUCUUCGCUCUCCUCCCGCUGCAAUCGCACUGAUCCCUCGCCUAACCUUGGCUGCCUCCGAGCGGAGCGCACGAAAGGGUUAAGCCUCUCGCCAGCCAGCCAGCCAGCCAGCCGGCCGCCUCCCUCCGCCGCAGCCCUCGCUGGGCUCCUCUUAAAGCGGCGGCCCCAGGGCAGCCGAGACGCAGCCAAGGAGGGGGAACAGGAACGGCGAGAGAGCCACGGAUCGCGUCCCUACUUUGGAAACCUGGGUUUCCUGGCGUUUGGGAAAGUAGCGGGAUUUAAAGUAGAAAUAGCAGCUCUUGGAGGUGCGAGUAAGAGAAGAAAUGACGAGCGGAUCGGGAAAAGGAACUAUAAUAUGGUCCUAUAUGUGUCCUGA